AUGUCCACCAACAUCGAUGAAACGGCCUUUGUAGAAGCUGAGAAGGGAAAAGCCAGCUUGGCAUUCGAGGAUGAGAGACAAAUGGCCCGCUUGGAGUUGGGAAUCUCCAUGGCAGUUCACAAAUGGGAAGCGCUGGAAUUGGCAGUUCAGAAUGGCUGGGGUGGACCAGAGUCAGCUGAAAAGCGAGAUUGGGUUUCCGCUAUCAUCGUGGAUCUUUUCAAGGACGGUAAGGUCGUGGAUGUCGUUCUGAUCGAAGAAACACUGCUGUACGCAUUGAUGGACGAAUUCGAAACCAACGUGGAUGACGACUCAGCACUGCCGAUCGCAGCAUUGAUCAUCGACCUGUACAAACAGUGUCAACAAGAGGACUACUCGACCGUGGAGAGCCUUUAUGCUCAAUGGAAGGAAAGGCAAGAGGCCAGACAGGUCAGGAAAGACAUUCAGAUUGGCGAAGAUCCUUGGAAUCCAGACGUUUCCGAAGGUGAGGACGAAAGUGAUGCGGAAGAUGGUGACGAGCCUCCAGCAAUGGUCCAAGAUAGCGACGUGGACAUGGAGUCUGAUAGACCAGAACCAGUGGUAGAUGAAGAUGGCUUUGAACUUGUGCAGAAGAAGGGUAGAAAACCCAGACACUGA